AUGGCCAGUCACUCCCUCUUCGACGUCUCGGGCAUCUACUUUCGCCAUCUCGACGAGCCCACCGCCCGGUCAUCAUCUCACAGUGACUCUCCCAAAGCCGGCGACGAGGGGGAGGAUAUCUUUCAAUGGGACCUUGUCCGGUCAUGGACCUCCAUUGAACCACCCAGCGCUGUAGCUACCGGCGGCGCCAACAACAGCACAGGGCCAGCUCGACGGUCGUCUGCGCCUUCGGAUUUGGGACGGAGAGGUAGCGGUGCGAGCAGCCUUGUGGCUGGGGGUUUGACGCGGACAAGGAAGAUUCCGAAGGGAGAGAUGGAAGUACGCAUGACUCGAGCUGUAUCGGCAUCCGAGCUGCAUACGCCGCCUCCUCGUACGACGUCGAGUGUUUCUCAUUUCGCUGAUGUGGUUGUUUCCGUCCCGCACUCGCUUGGGAGGAAAGGAGUGGGUUUGGAAAAGGCGAAAGUUGUGGAUCCUCAAUUAUCUCUUCAAGAUUCAUCAACCAUCAUGGACCAACACCAACUUGGCAGCGAGAAGAAGAUUGAAGAGACGAGUCAGAAUGAGGAGAGCAGUGUCCUGGAGAAAGAAUCAGAUCCCCAUCCCGAAGCGAUCUCUCGAGAUAGUAUCAGCUCUACAAUGACUCCAAAGCAAGACCCCUCUGCCAACCCUACUACCCAACCAACUCUCCCGGAAACGCCAUCUCAUCCAUCCACCUUCUCUCCCGAAUCAUCCCCCGAUUUCCGACCAUCUAGCCCGUACCUCUCUCCUAUAUACGAACACCAACCCAAACCAUUCUCCCCAUUUGCCGAUCCAGGACAUGAGGAACCUCAAAAGAUGAGGGACCCGCACACCCCUGUCCGACAACGGCAGCGACCUGUGACGCCGGAAUCGGAAAGCUCGGCUUCGGCUGCGGCGAGAGCUGCUGCAUACCCGUUGGGAUUGCAGGCCAAUGUAGAGGCUAUGACUGGAGCGGUUUCCAAACUCGACUUGUCCGACAACAAGAAGCCAAACAAACCCCGCUCUCCCGGUCCCGAGUCAACCAACACAACCUUACCAGACCUUUCCGCCAACCCGGUACCCAACCAAGCCCCAUCUCAAACCCCUACGACAUCUCCCAACAACCCCGUCUCCCCUCAAACCAAACUCUCAAAAGGCCAAAAGAAACGGCAGAAGAAGAAGAAACGUCAAGCCAAAAUAGCAGACGGCAUGACCGGCUAUUGGUGGCGGAUCGACUUUGUCUCUGCCACAUCCGACGACGAGACACUAUUCGCAGCACGCCACAUCCCCCGCGGACGUGUCUUCAUGUGGGAAUUCCCUGUCGCCAUCACUGAACCCGAUUUCAACCGCAAGAAAGCCGAAGCGAUAUACCAGCAGAGGAAGGACGAACCAGAGAACAAAGAAGUGCUCGAUGCGCUUCCGAAUAUGUACCCCGAGCUGGGGAUAUAUGGUGCGUUCUUGACGAAUAGUUUACCGUUGGGGAACAAGGGGGCGCAGGUUGUGGUGGCGCAGGUGUCGGCGUUGGGGAGGAGUUGUGUGCCGAAUGCGAGGUGGAUGUUUGAUGAGGCUACAAAUUGGACUUAUGUGAUUGCGCUAAGAGAUAUCGCCCUCGGCGAACCUCUCACCAUCCGUCAUCCCGAAGGAUACAACACUUCCACCUACCGUAAAUCCUCUUUUGCAAAUCGCGGUAUCACCUGCACCUGCCCCCUCUGCCUCCUCACCCCCUCCUCCUCACAGAUCAAACUCUCCGACAAGAACCGCAACACAUACAGCACCCUCAACCGCACAUUGCUCUCUUCCUUCCCCUCUGCCCCCUUGCCCACUCUACUCUCGAUGAUCCAAGAGAUACUCGUGCUCCUCGCCAAAGAGGGGUUGUGGGAGAUGCUCUACGCCAGGUUUUUGGAUGGGUUCGCCGUUUGUGUAGCUUUUUCGGACGAGGAGAGUGCUAAAGAGUGGGGGAGGGCGGCGAGGGAUGCGGAGUGUUUGGUGGGGUGGUACGGGGGAGAGGAAUUCGGAGAUAUUGAUAUCUGGUUCGAGGACCCAAAGAGGCAUCCGGCUUGGGGGAAGAGGGGUUCGAGUAGGGGGUGGGGACCGGGGGAACAAGUCCUUGAGGUGACGUUGGGCGACUUUGUUUAUGAAGAGUGGAAACACGAUAUUGAGGAGAAGCCGUUGGGCAAGUAUGCGUACCCGCCAGAGGAAGACGAUUGA